AUGUACUGCCAUUUUACACACAAGUUUGACUGACACAAAAAAAAGAAAGGAAGAAAAAAAUCGGAAUUGGCCUAUCGGCAACCUCAGCAGAGAAAUACACCCUUUUGUAAGAAGAUUAAAAAAAAAAAAAAAAAAAAAGACUGAGGGAUAAAAAUUGAAGGUUUCGAUGCAGCCAGCGCGAGGUGCUGUGUGGAUCAGAGGAGGUGUUUGCGCUCGGAUCUCUGCGUAGAUUCACAGGAGAAAAACCGGGUGAAGAAGAAGAAGAGGAAAAGGUUGGAAAAGGACAAUGCUGUUUUUAUGUUGAGAGAUGAGUCUUCGGCCAUUUAAGGGGGAUGCCGCAUAGAUUUAAUAAUCAUCACCGGCGCGCUUUCGUUUAUUGACGUUGUUUCGGAUUCAGCCCUCGUUCAGACGCACCCCGCCGGCAUCUCACCCCUCGGCGGCUUCUAUUUCAGGGAUACAUCAUAGCGCACUGUCUUAUUAUUAAUAGCAACCAGCUUUGGAUUCGGGAGGAUCUGAUUGAAUUUUUUCUAAUUUUGAUUUUUUGGCCUCUCCAGCCCUAUUUUUACGCACGGCUCUCCAUCCAUCCAUCCAUCCGUCCCUACAGCUGGCUGGUUUUUCAACCCUGGAUGUGAGCGUCUUAUGUUGCAUUUGGCCGCCGCAUGAAUUCUCCCACCGGAUCCUCGUCGGUGUACUCUGCUGUCCUCCACCACCACUACCUCCUCCUCCACCACCACCACCACCUCCUCCUCCGGCCGAUUCUCACAGAGGGCACUACCCUCCUCCUCCACCACCACCACCACCUCCUCCCCGCCGCUAAAGACAUUUUGAUCAUCCUCCGCGGCUCCCCCCCUGCCAACCCGGACUCGACCAUCACCACUCCGCCUGCCUCCUCCUCAUCCUCCUCAUCAUCACCACCACCACCACCGCCGCCGCCACCAUCCGCCUCCUCCUCCUCCGUAACAUGUCGGGACAGUCUUUGACGGACCGGAUCGCCGCCGCGCAGCACAGCAUGACCGGGUCUGCCAUCAGCAAAGCCGUCUGCAAGGCCACGACGCACGAAGUCAGCGGACCCAAGAAGAAGCACCUUGACUACCUGAUCCACUGCACCAAUGAGCUGAACGUCAGCAUCCCCCACCUGGCAGACACGCUGCUGGAGCGCACAGCUAGCAACAGCUGGAUUGUGGUUUUCAAAGCGCUCAUCACCACACACCACCUCAUGAUGUACGGCAACGAGAGAUUGAUGCAGUACCUUGCCUCCAGAAACACGCUCUUCAACCUCAACAACUUUCUAGAUAAGGCUGCACUACAAGGCUACAACAUGUCAACCUUCAUCAGACGCUACAGCCGUUACCUGAACGAAAAAGCCAUGUCUUACAGACUAGCAGCAGUGGACUUCACCAAGAUGAAGAGAGGGGCUGACGGUGUGAUGCGCACCAUGAACACAGAGAAGCUGAUAAAGACUCUGCCCAUCAUUCAGACCCAGCUGGAUGCACUGCUGGAUUUCCAGCCAAACUCCAACGAGCUGACCAACGGGGUGAUCAACACAGCCUUCAUGCUGCUGUUCAAAGACUCCAUACGGUUGUUUGCUGCGUACAACGAAGGCGUCAUCAACAUGUUGGAGAAAUACUUUGACAUGAAGAAGAACCAGUGCAAAGAAGCGUUGGAGAUCUACAAGACCUUCCUCAACAGGAUGACCAAACUGUCUGAGUUUCUCAAAGUGGCAGAGCGAGUUGGGAUAGAUCAGGGCGACAGCCCCGAUCUCACACAGGCUCCCAGCUCUCUCCUGGAGGCUCUGGAGCAGCAUUUAGCCUCUCUGGAGGGGAGGAAGCUCAAGGACCUCUCCACUGCCAGCAGAUCCAGCACCUUGUCCAGUGCUGUGUCGUCUCUCUCCAGCACGGGGAUCUCUCUCAGCCGCAUGGACGACAAGACAGAGGACAACCGACUGCAACAACACAAGGAGGACGGCCAUAAGGUGAUCGACAUUCAGACGCCUAAUGUUUCACCCAGUACCCAGUCAGUGGGCAGUGCCAACAGCAGCGGAGGGGCCACAGACCUCUUCCCCAACUCUCCCAUCGUACCUGUCAACAACCAUGUGCCAAACCUGACCAGUGAGCUGUUCACCCUGCAGCCUAACUUCACCCCCAUCCAGACCACACACACUGUGCCCAACAAUAACAAUGCCUGGGGAGGUGACCUGCUGAAGCCAUCCCCACCCACUCAAAUUCACAGCCCCGGAGCCCCAUUGCACUCUGGGAAAAUGCUGCCAAACGAUUUGGACUCUUCAUUAGCCAACCUCGUUGGCAACCUGCAGUUUGGGGGGACGCCAGCUAAAAAGCCAGAGCUUCAGUGGAGUCAGCUCGUAGAGAAGAAACCCACGGGAGGAAGCGGCUGGCAGUCCAAGACCAUGUGCACCAGCACCAACUGGACUCAUACCACUCAUCCCAUGGCACCUGCUCCCAUGCCCGUCCCUCAGAUGAAUGGGAUGAUCUAUACUGGCUAUGCUCCAGCACCAGUGGCUUUUCCUAUGACGACACCCCAAGUGCCUGUGUAUGGAAUGCUACCCCCUCAGAUGAGUCAUCAGAUGGGGGGCGUUCCCAUGAUGCCCCCGCAGCCUGUCAUGUACAACCAGCCUGUCCUGAGACCCACCAAUCCUUUUGGACCCAUCCCGGGAACGCAGAUGCACUUCAUGUAGAGAUGAUGUUGUAACCAUGGCAGCAAAGCUGAGAGAGAGAGAAGGCGAGAGGAAAGAGAUGGAGAGAAAGAGGCGACGGCGAACACAAAUCCAGAACCAAAUCCAGUGCAGGAGGAAGAAAGAAGAGGGCAGAGAGGAACAGGGAGGGGAGAGGAAGAUGGAGACCAGAGGAUGGAUAAAGGAUGAAAUGCUGAUGUCAGUUUCCAUGUCACCUGACCCUCUAAUCUCCUCUCCUCUCUCCAUGUGGCUACUGAUCUCUCUGUCUUUGAAUAUAUAGUGCUGGGGGGCACCAGAGGCUCCGCAUCAAUCUCACUCAUCCUCUGUUUGAUUUGCCGGUUCAAAUGGCAAUUACGACCUGUGAUGAUGCUAUGAAGACAGACUCGGAAGUGUAGAAGCUCUAUUGCCACUUCCCGACCCCCUCCCUUUACCCUGAUAAUUUCUUGUACAAAGGCUUACCAACGUUCCUCUCCAUCCCCACAACUGAAUCAAACUUGGAGGACACACGUCUCUUUCUCUGAUUGGAUCGUUUGCUGGCACUUUACUCAAUGUGAACUUUGCCAAGGGUGUUAUUUCUGUGUAGGUGAUUUUAGCAUCUUGUUCAGAUUGGUUCCCGGUUUGCGUGUCAUCCAUUACCUGAUGUCAGGAGUUGUUGAUUUGAAUGCGUGUGUGUGUGUGCGUGUCCCUUUUUCUACAUUUCAGCGUGCUGCAUCAACAUUGCGGUUUGAGUCUUUUUAUGAGCUCCACAUGUUCUUAAUUGCCAACUUCAACAUCAAGAAUCCGGCGUAAAACAAUGAUUUGUGGGCGUGCUUGUGUGACUGUGGAUGGACGUAGCUGUGUAGGGUAUGCACUUUUGCGUGUUUCUCUUUUGGUACCUGAUGUCAUUACUGUGUUGCCAGGUACCAAUGUGUUAAUGCACUGGAACUAACUGAUGAAAGCACUGAGCCAGACCCAGGCAUCGCAUUUGGAUGUAAACAAACCUCUCACACUAACUUUGCUACUUGGGGGACAUGCUGUACACACUGUGUAUUUUGUUUCAGUUUUUUUUUUUGGUUAUUUCCUCCUCUACAGCUGUGCAAUAUCAUGCAACCUCAUUACUGUCUUUUCCACCCAUCUGUAGCCUGUUAUAAGAAGCGUUUUCUGCCGUAGUGUUGUACUUCUCGUGCGUCCACUUCAGGUUUCUGUACAGAAUGCUGUUUUUAUGUUUCGGAGUUUGUUUUAUAACCUGUUCUGUUAUAUACCCGUACUGCUCUAAAAGUUGUGAAAAAUGCACUGAGAGCCAGACAGAGAGGUGAGUGGAUAAUUAGCAGGAAGGUGAUUCUCAGUCUAGCCAAUCAGAAAUGGUCUAACUCCCAACUGUAUGAUACCCUCCCUGUCCUGAGCAUUUGUCCUGUCCAAAAUUAGUCUCCUGUCAAGUCCUUUUUGCCUCAGAAAAACCGGAUAAGGGAAAUUACUCACAGCAGAUGUCUCGCCUCCACCUGGAGGAAUUAAAGGCAUUGCUAACACAGGAAGGUCUGUUAACAUUUAAGGACAGGACAGCUAAAGGUCAGUCAGAGGAGUCAAAUGAAGGCCAGACCGUUGGAAGGCAGCUGAGGCCAAUGUCUGUCGAUCACGACCUUCGUAAUGCCUGCAGUGACGGCAUACUGAUUAAUUCGGACAGCCAGAGACGGGGAGGCUUUAAUGAGACGUUAAAUGUUAAUGUGGAUUUUCUGGCAGAUCCAAGGGCAAGUUAGACCCACAGUUAGAUGAUAUUUAUAUAUAGCACAAACCUUCAAAGAGGGGGCAAUGCUCUGCUGCACAAAACCUAAAAUCAUUGCUGGGAUGUACAGUUGAAAGGGGCAAUAAUCGAUUGGGGAUGAAGUCGUUUUCUAUUGAUUGUGUCUGUUCUAUGUACAUGUACUGUAUGUGUGUUUGUGUGCACAUGCCUUCCCAUAGAGAUAAACAGGGUCAUGUUCCUCGGUUAGAGACGAAAAGUGUCUCAAACGAGCUGGUAGCGUGUACUAACUUAGCAAUGAGUGUUAUUGUGACCGUGUCUCAGUCUGUACAACACAACAUCAAUUUAAGGUGGCUCUAGGAUCACUCAUCUGCCGAAAAAUGCAACAACAAAAAGAACCCAAGAAAAAACAAAGCCCUGAGUCAUGAGAUCUGGAAUCUCAAAGUGAGUCUGAGGCAAACCUCUCCAGACAGCUGGAGCUGCACAGGCUGGUGAUUUCUAACAAGACCAUCAGAGAAUUGCAACUGUAUGUUGGUGUAUUGUGAUUCAAGCUUGAACUGUAACUGCUGGCAACGCAAAAACCAAUCUCCCUGCAGCUACGACUCCACUACCAGCAGAGAGACUUGUUUUAGAAAUCAUCACCGAGCAGGCAGAUAUUCUCUUGAGGUUUCACCUUCGAAUGGAGAUCUAAAUAAGUGGUCAGCUGGCAUUUGGGUAUCUCCCUUUGGAACACUGUCGUUUCACUCUCCUCCAUUAAUCCUUGUUCCAGUGGUUUGUCUUUCUCCGUCAGCCGAAUGCUCUUUUCAUUGUGCACUUCACUCCCACAACGCAGCUCGAUCCAUCCUGGGCCAACCUCUGACUGUUACUGUGUCCUCUGUAUAUAGGUAAUGCCGUUCAUGUGUUUUUAGACGUGCUCUCUCUGUAAAGUGAUCGAAGCCCCAUUGGAUGACGUACUGUACGUGGGACAAAUUAUUGCUGUAUCUGUGUGUUGAAUGGUUGUAUUUUGAAGGUGUCAUCAUCCAGGGAAGGGAGGGUGGGCUCGGGUCGAUGUUCGUGAUGUUUGUGUCCAUCUCGAGGAGGAUCAGGGGUGGGGUCAGGAGGGUUGGGGGGUCAGGGGUAAACUAUCACAACUGGUCUAUACCAAGAGUGUCUUCAUCAAGGAAGUGGACAGGACAGGGUCUGUCCUCUUCAAAACAGGAACAUUUUUUUGCACCAAAGUCAUCAUCAAAGCGCAGCUUCUUCUUAUUCAAGGUCACUACGGAUGGAUGAUAUCAGAACUCCAAGGAUUUUUUUUGUUCUUUUCUUUUUAGAGACAAAGAAACUGUCUUUUUUUUUGCAUGAUUAAGUGUCGUCUUUUUAUUGGCUUGUGUGCCCGGUAAAAGCAUGACCAUUGUGUGAACUCUCACUUACCGGUGUGUUUGGAAAAUGUUAAGGAAAUUUCUCCAUGAGAUUUUUUACUUACCUCUUGACAUGAACGCCCAUUGACAUUCAUAAUCAACUGUUUUACAAUGUAGGGUCUGUAACUGUUUGAAGGCUGCCUCGCAUGCAGAAAUGCAACUUGCAAGUAACCCAUCAAACUUCAAACCCAGUUACCAUAACUGCAUCUCUGUAAAACACCAUGGAUGUCAAUGCCAGUUAUCACCUAGCUAGCUAGACAUUGCAGUCUUGUAAAAUCGCUCUUUAUUAAAGCGUUGCUAUUUUCAAUACGUGUGUUUGAAUGCUCGCUCCUUUUUCAUACUAUGCCAGCAGCAUCAUGGGAGGUUGUGAUUGAAAGUCUCAGUACUGUAAUACGUGUUUGGUCUGGUCCACUUUGUGUGUUUUUAAUGUGUUUUGCCCAGUCUUGUCCUGUCUGUUGCCAUCAAAUAGACUUAUUAGUUCCCAGUCAUGCUCCAAAAGCGCAGACUGGUUUCCUGAAACCAGGCUUGGAUUCAACAGAAGCUUCAACUCUGUUUUGCACAAUUUUGGCAAAGCAGGCCAGAGAGUGUACAGAGCUGGACAAGGGGUCAUGAAAUCAGUAGCAUUGUUUAUAAAACCCAACUGUGAAAAUGCAGAUGGGUAAAAUGACCUACUUUUAGCAGCCCCGUGUCUGUCAUAUCUCUGUACAUUUUAUUUUUUCUAGCAAUAGUUUAUAUAACAAGAAUUUACUCCCCUUUACUUUCCCUCUACCCUGCUAAGGCAAAUUAGCAGUCAGACUAAAACCUGUAAGGCAAACUAGAAGUUAUAUUAUAUUGUCUGUGGUGGGAUUUCCUAAAUGCGCCCUGAGACAAGUUUCUCAGACUGAGUAGUUUGAGAUAAGAACUUUACUUUCUCUAACGUCUUGCCAGUCUAUACAAGUUCUCCAUCUCAGAAUCUGCACAAAGUGCACAAACCUUGUAGCUGCACUCUAACUUCCCCAAAAGGUGAACUUAAAUCAAUGUGUACUCUCAACACUAGGUUGCUUGUAGUACUUUCCAGAAUGGAAGAUUUCCAAGACAAUUAUCUACUGACUGUAGAUUCCCAACAGUGAUUCUUAGAAAACAAACGUUUGUACUCACCAAUGAAGCUACUUCACGGACUAAUCUGGCUGCUGGAAACCAGACUUAUGUUGCCAGAGUAGAAACUGCUGCAUUUCCAUGUCAUUAUGCCAGUGAAUGGCGCAUGAUGUCUCCGCAGUUUUACGCUCCACUUUGUCCAUAGGCCUACUGAGGAUAUGACCUCAGUAUAUUUGUCCAUACUGCAUUCAUUACACUCAUUCAGUACUCUAGUAUCCAUCUGUGAACUGUUCAUUGUUGCUGAGGGCAUGAAACUCAGCAGUGUCCAUGAAAAAUUCUUGUUAGCAGGGCGUGAGGUCCCAUACCUUCAAUUUCUUCUCACUUUCUUUUUUUGUAUAUUAAAGCGACUGAAUUAUCAUCAGGUUUGGAUUGUUAUCAAAUUAUUGGUUUUUAUUUAAAAAGCAUAGAUUGAUGUUUUUUGGAAGAAAAUGAAAUAAAACGUCAUCUGAUGCCGAA